AUGGCCUGCUGCGCUACUAGCUUCUGUGGCUUUCCCACAUGUUCCACUGGUGGCACCUGUGGCUCCAGCUGCUGCCAGCCCAGCUGCUGCCAAUCCAGCUGCUGCCAGCCCAGCUGCUGCCAGCCCAGCUGCUGCCAGUCCAGCUGCUGCCAGCCUAGCUGCUCCCAGUCCAGCUGCUGCCAGCCCAGCUGCUGCCAGUCCAGCUGUUGCCAGCCCAGCUGCUGCCAAUCCAGUUGCUGCCAACCUUGCUGCUCCCAGCCCAGCUGUUGCCAGCCCAGCUGCUGUGGCACUGGCAGUGGCCAGGAGGGUGGCAGUGGAGCCGUGAGCUGCCGUGUUAGAUGGUGCCGCCCUGACUGCCGCGUGGAGGGUACCUGCCUGCCCCCCUGCUGUGUGGUGAGCUGUACACCCCCAACCUGCUGCCAGCUGCACCACGCCCAGGCCUCCUGCUGCCGUCCAUCCUACUGUGGACAGUCCUGCUGCCGCCCAGCCUGCUGCUGCUACUGCUGCCCACCCAGCUGCUCUGAGUCUAACUGCUGUGAGCCUACCUGUUAA